UGACCACUGGUUAACCAUUACAUAAUAACCACAUGGUUCAACCAAUGGUCCCAGAAUACUUCACGUUUUACGUUAAGCUGAGAAGGCACCUUUAGUCCGUAGAUCUGACCUAAUCUGUUAUCUCUGUAUUACAGUCCGCUGUAAUAUUUUCGGAUUAAAUACUAUCAGCUUAAAUCCUAUUCGGCCGAAAUAUUUUUCUAUUAUCAUUAUCAUAUUAUGUAUGAAUAAUAUAUAUAAUAUUCAAAAAUCCUAUCUUAGUUCGUGAUUACCCAAGUUAUUUAUUUUUAUAUUGAUUGUCGAAUAAGCCAGUUUUCUUACAUAUAAUGGUGAGUUAUUCAAAUUGUUAAUCAAUUUAUUAAAAUUAUUAGUUAGUUACAGUACAACUUUAAUUUUUGAGAAAAAAAUUAAUUUAUCUUUUGACUUGUUUGUGAAUUGUACUUAUUUUAGAGCAGUACACCAGACUUAAGUCUUCAAACACAUCUUCUCAUAUAUAUAUAUAUAGUUACUAUGUCCUAAAUCUAUAGUAUUUCGUAGGGGUACUGGAUUUACUAGUAUUUCUUAUUCGCUAUGAUUGUAUGAUUGCUUGUUAUAAAACAUUUGACCCUUUUUAGGUGACAAAAGUAUAGUAAUUGUAACACUUACAAAGAGCAUAGCUAAUAGUCUAAUAUAGAUAAUGUGAUGAGUCAUAGGUCUAUGAGAUCUAAGUAGUUGUUUACUUACUCUAUCAAAAUAUUAUUAUAUUCUAAAUAAUUAUUAUUAUGUGUACUUAAAUAGUCUAUUCUUGUUUACAUGAUUAAUAGUUAAGAUAUCUCGUAAAUUAUAGUAGGUAUAUCUGUGUAUAAUAGGUUACCAUAGUUGUAAUUUAUAAUGGUAAAAUGGCAAUGAAUAAUUGUUAAUGUUUUAAUAAACAUUGGUGUAUACAUUAUUUACAUAUUUUUCAUUGACAUUUUGAUUAGGUAUGUAAAAUAUGAAAUCAAAAAUAGUAGACAUUAAUCAUUUCAAUAAAUCAUUUUGAACAAAUUAAAAUUUAAGUACAAAUGUGUAGUCGUGUAAUUCAUGUAGGUACUUAAUUUAAUAGUAAUAAUUAGGUAAAAUAAAAAAUAGUAAAACAUGAUAAAAUGCCUGUAAAUAUAUUUAUAUUAAAAACUAAUAUUUUUUAUUUUAUUUAGAGUCCAUUCCGGUCUUUGUUCUAUAUUACAUCUGGAGGAUGUAUAUUGUGUACAGGAACAAAUUUCAUUACAUUCAAUGACAAAUUUUAUAAGAAGUAUAUUAUUCCAUUUUUUUUUAUGUGUGAUCCAGAACAAGCCCAUAGUCUUUUAAUAUUUUCUGGAAAAUAUGGACUUAUACCUAAAUCAAUUUAUAAAGAUCCACCUAUGUUGGUAUGUUUGUCAAAUAAAAUAAUUUAAAUUAUAUUAAUAUGCAACUGUCUACAUUGUUUACACAGAAAACUAAAUUGUGGGAUAUAAGUUUCAACAACCCAAUAGGCCUUGCUGCUGGAUUAGACAAACAAGGUGAAAUAACAAAAGCAUUAUAUAAUGUAGGGUUUGGUUUUGUAGAAGUUGGUUCAAUAACACCUUUACCUCAACCAGGCAAUGAAAAACCAAGAGUAUUUAGACUUUUAAAUAGUCAAUCUAUUAUUAAUAGGUAAAAUAGAAAAAUUAACAUUAUAAAUAUGUAUGAUUUAAAAUAAUAUUUUGGAUUCGAAGCGAAGGGAGGGAUUUAUUGGUAUUAUUAUGAGUUUUUUUUUUUGGUAUUUUUGUCUGUGAGCAACUUUGCUACCAAAACUUUUACUCCAAUUUGAAAAAUAACAAAAGACCUUUUUUUAUUCAAUUUUGGAUUUGAUUGGUGCAUUGGGAAGGUCAUUUUUUGAUUUCAAAGGAUUUUUCAAAAUAAUUACAAAAAGUGUAUAAGAAAAACAGACAAAUAUUUACGGUUCUCCAUAGCGUUGCUAUGAUGAUUUCAUUGAUUUUAAUUUUACACGCUAUAUUUUCUAAGCUGUUUUUGUAAUAAUCGAGAAAAACCAAUGUAAAAUUGUAAAAUAAAAACUGAUAAACGGAAAAUGUUAUUUUUUAGAUUUUGAGUAGUGCGAGGAUGUAUUGGUUUUACAAUGAUGUUUAUUUUUUAAUUUUUCUUUUUUGAGAAAACAAAAAAACGUAGGGAAAAUAGGUACAAUAUCAAACAAUUAUAAUUAAAGAAAAUGUUUAAUUCUUAUCUAAUUGUUUUACCACAAUAUGACGUAUAUAUUGUUGAUAAAGCCACACUAUCUACUGAACUCUGUUCAACAUUUUUUUUUUAUUAGUAAUGGUUAAUUGUUGCAUUCAUUAAAUUCCUGUUCUCAUUAUCCUAGGACAGCUUUUUGUUAUUUUCAGUUUGUACAAAUUAUGUUUUUUACCAGAAAUCUUGCCUCAGUGGUGAGGGUAUGACAUUGUAAUUCAUUACCAUGCUGCAACUUUCCAUAUAAACAAACCUUCACACUUCCAAUAGCAAACAAACAUUGUUUGACAUAGAGAAUUAAUUUUAGUACCAAAUUAAAGACCAGAACUUCUUCUAUGAGCCAAUAGAAGUAUUUUUGCAAAAUUUAAUUGAUUUUUUUUAAUGAUCUUUUAAAAAAAUGUAAAACUUCUCAUUGUAAAAAAAGAAAGAAGAUAUUUUUUUUGAAAAUGUGGCUCUAUAUGCACAUAUUAAACAUUCUAAGCUUUCUUUAAGUAUCUUUAGAUUUAUUAUACAAUUAUUAGUUUCUGAAAACUAUUGGAAGUCUGGAGCAUUGUUUUAACAUUCGAAAAACAACAAUAAACAAUUUUUGUUGUAUUUUAAAUCUAGUUGAUGAGUUAAAGGAUCUUUUUUUGAUUUUCUAUAAUCUUUUUAAGAACUGAACAAAGCCAGAAGAAAACAGAAAGAAGAGGAUAGUUUAUGUAAAUAAUAGUUUCAUUAUUUUCAAUUUUUUUUAAAAAAUUUUUCCAAUUCAUUAGAAAUUAUUAUAAUGGGACUUGAAAUUUUAAUAGAAAACUUUUGUUUACCUUUUCUUAAUAUUACAUUUUCUAAACAUUUUGGGAAUUUUUUUUUUGCCAUUUUUACAUUAAUUUGAUAUUUGCAAAUUUUUUUUACGUGGUUUUUAUUUGGUAGGUACUAUAUAGAUAAAAUGUUUGACCGAAGAGAAAUGCUUAAAAAUUCAACUGGAGGUUAAAUAUAAGUUUUACAUAGUGGGGGUAAAAAAAGUAGUGUGUAAUGCAGGUAGCUUUGGUUAUAUAAGAGUUUAAUUUUAAACUAAAUUUAAAUUUUAAAUUAAAUUUUAACAAAAAUCGGAAACACUAUAACAUUUCAAAAAAUGUAUAACCAAAAUUUAUUCAGAAUUGUUAUUCGUUAGCAAUGAUUUAUCGUUGCUUACAGAUAUAAAUUAAAAAACCUUAUGUGUCUUAUCUUUCCACCUAUUCACCUAUAAUAAUGGAACACUCUUCCCCAGUAUCAGUUGUUUUUGUUAAAUCAAUUUUAAAUUUUUAAUUAACAUUUAACAAUUAACAACAAUUGUUAGUGUUUGAGUGGAGCAAAGAAGCUUAUGGAUUUACAAAGAUGUUUAUUUCUUUUUUCUGUAGAUAACUUUUAUACCAUACAUCUUGCUUAGAUUUUUAAGUAUAGCACCUUUUCUGAAACAAAAUUUGACUGGGGAGGUACUCCAGAGAUGUCAUUUUUUGAUUUUCUCACUAGUUUUCUCAGUAAAUGGAAAAACAUAGACAAAUGUAAGGAAAAUGUGUACAAUAUUGAAUAAAUAUUUUUUAAAGUAAAUAUAUGUUGCCUAUGUGAUUAUUUUACCACCAUAUAUGAUUUAUAUAUUGUUGACAAAGCAACUACAUUAUCAACUAUUAUUAUUAUUUUUGUAUGAUCUUAGAGAAUGCAAAUAGAGAGUAACACUAUAUAUAUAUAAAUAUAAAUAUAAAUAAUAACAUAUGAAUAUAACUCAGAUUAAUCCAAUUAAAUAAAUAGUUUAAAAUAGUAAUAGUUUAGUUAGUAAAUGUUAUGUUUCAUUAUUUUUAAGUUAUAGGUAACAUUAUGUCAAUUAAUUAGUCCUUUCUUCAUUGUGGUUAGAUAUCCACCUCCAAUUUAUCUAGCUUUUGUAAUACCUCGUCUGUUACUGUAUGUAGAUCUUCGAGAGUUUCAUUAAACCUCUUAUUUUCACAUUCUAUUACUAUGUUGUGCAUUUUCUGUGCCUUCGCUUUGCAGUCACAUGUUGGAUUUUCGUUUAUGUGCCAUUUGUGCAUUAGAUGGUAACACAGUCAUACCUUGUACGAAGUUUGUUUAGUCUAGUCUAUAAUCUGGGUGGGAGAGACGAUCUUGGCUGAGCAGAAUGGACAUCAUUAACUAAAUUUCCGUUAGUUGGGAGAUUGCUUUCCCAUUCUUGCUAUAUAGAAGGUUAAAGACAUAUGUGGGCCUUUAUUGAUGUCACUCUUUCUAGGAACAGGUGUCGCGAUUUAUUUCUUUAAUUCUAAACUCUGUAUUGAUAUUAAUUGAUUGGUAGAGUUGUAUUAAACACAAUUUUCAAAGCCAUCCUCAGUACAAAAUUGUGUUUUCUAAUGUGGGGAGAUUCAAUAUUGGCCAGGAAUGGUAAUUAUUGCGUUUGUGUAAUCUUACUAUUCCUGAAAUAAUACCCAUUGUUAUCCGUAGUUCUACGUCCAUAAAAUUACACUGGUGACUACCCUCCCAAAUUUGAGCACAUUAUUCAGCCACGGAAAACACAAGGGCCAUAUUUGACAUUCGAAGAACUUUAGUAGAUGCACCUUGUGUGGUAACAGCUAAUUUAGAUAUUAAGAACGAGCGAGUUUUCAAUUUAGAUACUAAUUUUUUCAAGUAUUCCUUAUAUGUUAGAGUGUGGUCCAGAGUGACUCCUAAAUAUAUCUGUAGUGGAUCGUGUCUUAUUGGUUAGCCACAGGAGUUUACGGUCAGCUUCUAAAUCGCCAUCUUGUUAUCAAGGUAAAAUGAUGAAACUACGGUUUCAGAUAGGUUAUGUUGUAAAUGUAAACAUUUAAACUAUUAGGGAAGGAGCUCACAAUUGACUUCUCCGUUGGGUAAGGAAUACUAUUAUCAAGCAAGGUCAGUGUGAGAUUUUGUUAUAACCCUUUUUCUACCUAGCUGACCAAAACGUCCCUUUAAAUUCUUGGAGUAGGUAAAGGUUAGAUGAUGAGAUACAUUUUAGAAAAGCUUCACUGGGUUUGUCAGAGUUGUCAUAGUCCCAGGUCGUGGUGUGGCUGUUAAAAUCUCCAGUGAGCAGUGCUGAACUAUAAUGUUUAAGAAAUACAUCAUCUUCCCAUUUUAGGUUUGGUGGUUUUUAGGUAUUAUAUAUAAUUAUAUAGAUCAUAAAUGACUAGUCUUAUUGUAGCGAUGUGUCCGGAUACAGUAUUAGGGAUAGAAGUAUACUUGGUUAUUUCUGACUUGUUGUAGAUGGAUAGACCGUAUUUGUUGUGGUGGUGAUAGCAAGUAAGUUUAAAUUCAGAAAUUUGGUAGUUGUUAAUAUUGCUAAUUAGUUGGAAUAUGUGUUUCCUGUAAGGAAAGGACAGUUGUAGUCUGUUCUGCAGCUAGCUUUUGUAGGUUUCAUAUUUAGUUUUUGUUAUGAUUAUGUCGUUUGUUUAGCUACAAUGGUCAGAGUGAUCAAGGCUAUUGUAAAAGCCCUUACAAGGGCUAUUUUUAAUGACUUUGGAUUUCCAUUCAUAUUGUGUGAUUGCAUAUGGCGAUAGACAAUGGUAAGGUCGUUCACUAUUGGUAGAUUUAUUUAUCCCAUAAGGGAUAAAGCAAGUGGCAGGGGUGGCUUCAAGCAGGCUGUCAACAUACACCUCAUCAAAUAAUUUAAUUAUUAAAAUUAACAUUAAAAAUAAUGGACAUAUUUCGCACAUAGGUGCAGCCACUGGUGGGAAGUUGGAAAGGUAAAAUAUAAAUGAGAAUUUAACGUAUAACUGUAAGCAAUGAUAAACCAUUAGAUAAUCGGAGUAUGUUGUCUGGUAGAUAAAGGUUUCACAUAAAAACAAAAAAAAAUAAACAUCAUUGUAUAACCAAUAUAUUCCUCAUUCCACUCAGAAUCUAUUAAUAAUAACUAUCAAUUGAAUAUUCAUAGUAUUCACAGUUUUAUUUAUUAAUGCUAAUUUUGUUUAAUACAUUUUAUAAAUUAGAUAUGGAUUCAAUAGUGAUGGUCAUGAUGUUGUAUUUGAAAGACUUAAAAACCUUAAGUUACACCAAAACUUUGAUGGUAUAGUUGGUGUUAAUUUAGGAAAAAAUAAAGAGUCUAAAAAUGCAGUUUCAGAUUAUGUGGAAGGUAUUAAAAAGUUUGCUUCAGUUGCAGAUUAUUUUGUUAUAAAUAUUUCUAGGUAAUAUUUCUAGUCAUAAUUAAAAAAUAAUAAUAAUAAUAAUAAUACAAAUAUGGACAAAUUUGUUUUUUAGUCCCAAUACUCCUGGUCUAAGAGAUUUGCAAAAGAAAAAUGCUCUCAAAGGUCUACUUUCAAAUAUUAUAGAAGCAAGAAAUGAAUACUGUGGAGAACAUAAAAUACCAUUAUUGUUAAAAAUUUCUCCAGACCUUACUGAUCAAGAUAAAAAAAAUAUUGCUGAUGUAAUUAAUGACAAAAGGGUAUGAUUGUUAAAAUAGUUAUAAUUUUCUUCAAAAAAUAUAUAAGUACAUUGUUUUAGUAUCAAGUUGAUGGAUUAAUAAUUUCAAAUACAACUGUAAAAAGAGUUGAAGUCUAUGAUAAUCCAAAUGCAUUGGAACCAGGUGGACUUAGUGGAAAACCAUUACAAGAAACAUCUACAAAAUUAAUAGCAGAGUUUUAUAAAUUGACACAUGGUAUAUUACUAUACUACAACUGGAAUAAGAUUGUAACUAAGUGGCAAACCAAAACAGGUUCUUAGCCACGCCAGUUGACUGUGUUUGGCUUACAGCUAUGACAAGGUUCAGGUGGAAACCAGUGGCGCCACGCACGUACUUUAACUGAUUCAAAUGGACUACCGAAAUUGGUGGUCACUGAGCUAGCAGUUAUUUCUGAGUUUUUUAGUGAAUUUGAUAAAAAAAAUUCCCUAUUUAUAACCCUUCCCUACUCUUCCGGUCUAAACUUUAAAUUAUUAUAACUCAUAAACGGUAAAUCUGAUAUUAGCGUUGUGCAAAUCAAAAUUUCCAGAAAAAUAUUCUCUAUCAAAUCUGUGUUCAAAAGGUGGGAUUCCUAUUUGAAAAUCAAAAGUAUAAACUUGUUUAAGGUACUAAUGUGGGGUAGGGGUAAAAAAUUAAAAAUGGUUUUAAAAUAAAGCCUAAAUCAAAUUCAGUUAAAAUUUUCUGAGAUAAUUGCUGGUUCAUGAUAAAAAAAUCACCCUGUAUACAUUAGUUAUACAACUAUAUGCGCCUACACAAAUAAAUAAAUUUUCAAUAUUUAUCGCUUUGGAGUGUUGGGUGAGAUAUGUGGGUAAUUCAAACCAAAUUUUAAACCCUCAAAAGACCACUGGAUGCGCCACUGGUGAAAACCAGUCGUUACCUGUGUGACAUGUUCUUAUUCUUGAUUUAGUGUAAACAAGGUUUUAUUGUUGUAAUGUUGUCUAUAAUAAAUAAUAUAAUCUAGGUGCAAUUCCAAUUAUUGGAGUUGGUGGAAUAUUUAAUGGUCAAGAUGCAUAUGCUAAAAUCAAAGCUGGAGCCUCACUAUUACAAAUUUAUACCUCUUUUAUAUAUAAUGGGCCAUCAGUUUUAAUUAAUAUCAAAAAAGAAUUGGAAUGUCUUUUGAGGUAAAAAAUACAAUUCACCUACAUAAUAUUAAUAUAUUUAUACAUAAAGAUUAUAAGUGUUAUAACAUGUAAGUUUAAAUAACAAUUCAAUAGGUUAUGUUUAAUGAUGUUAAAUAUCAAAACUAUUCAUUAUCUCUUCACUACAAUAAGACUAAAGAUGUUACAAACUGUUUGAUUUUCGAAUCAAAACUAACAAACCAAAUAUUUAAUUGUUUGGUUCAAAAAUCAUUUGUUGCCAAUUUAGUACAGUUACCAGUACAAUGUUCUGUAGUGAAUUAGGGUUGUCUUUUUACAAAAAAACAAUCCUAUUUUUUUCACAUUAGAGGGUUUCUUCAUAUAUUAUUAUACUUUAUUUUUUAGUUUCAUAAAAGUAUACAACUUCUACCAUCAAACCACAGGAUUAUCUUUAUACUUAUUAAUGUUUGAAUUCGAUAAAAUAUUUUAAAAGUUUGGUUCAGGUUCGAAUAAAAAUGUGUAUGGUUGAUUUGGUUCGGUUCGUUACAACACUAAAUAAAAGCAAUAAUUUAUUUAUUUUUUAUUUUUUUAUAAGAUUUAGUAUUUUAAACAUUUAUCUGAUUUUAAAAUUAGUUUGAAUAAUUUAAAUACUUUUUUGUUGAAUGAAUAACCAAUAUUAAGAUGUGUGUUAUAAAUAAGAAACAGCAUAUUUUUUAUUCAGGUAUUCUAAACUAUGAUUAAAAUAAUUUUUAAUAACAAAAAAUAACCAGAUAAAUUGUUUAAAUAUAUAUUAAAAAUUCCAAAAACAAUGUCUAUCCCACAAUACAUCUGGUUAUAUGAAGAGCAAAAGUAACGCCAAAUUGGCUAGAGCCUUAUAUAUAACCCUUCUCUUGUAGGAUAGACUAUAGGUAUCUAUCAUUAUUGACAAAUAAUGUAAACAAAUAUAACAAGAAUAAAAAUAAAAAAAGACAACUUAGAAUAACGGAGACGGGUGCAGCCGUUGUUAUGGGUAAUUUAAUGUAUACCUGAAAGCAACGAUAAACCAUUGAUUACGAAAAACCGAUUCUGAGCAGAGUUCAGUCGAUAGUGAUGCUUUUUCAACAAUAUAUAUGCCAUAUUAUAGUAAAAUAAUUAAAUUGGCUAUAUACAUUUUCUAAAUAAUAUAUGUUUAUUUUUGGUCUGAUUUAUCUUGUUUUUCUAAGUUAUUCACAUUUUCUAUGAAAACUCUUGGGAAAAUCGAAAAAUUACCUGUGUAAAGUACCUCCCCAGUGAAAUUUCCUUUCAUUAAAGGUGUUAUACAUAGAAAUCUAAGCAAAUAAUAUAGAAAAGUUGUUAACAGAUUAAAAAAAAAAAAAUAAAAAAAAACAUAUUUGUAAAACCAUAAGCUUCUUUGCUUUCACGCAGAAUCUUAAAUUGAUAUUGUAACAAUGUAUUAUACAAUGUAAAUAAAAAAUCUUUGAUUACUAAAAAUAUUCUUCCUCAAUUUUUAGUUUCUUAUUGAUGUUUAGAUAUUUAGAUUUUUAAUAUUUAAUAGAAUAUUUAUAGUUUUUUAAAUAUUAUUUAAUUAAUAAUAGUUAUUAUGAUAUUAUAUUAAUAAGCUUUUUGUUUUUAAAAUUAUUAUUUUAGAGAAGAUAAAUACAAUUCAAUAGCAGAUGCAAUUGGUGCUGAUUGUAAAAAGUAAUAAAAAAAUCAUUUGAAUUCA